CGUGACUCGGCAAUGGUGCCUCACGCGACAAGGAACCCCCCGUCGCAUGCCAUCAAACUUUAUCACUUUCUUACUCAGAGGACAAUUUCGAGAAAACCACCUAAUUUCCACUGUCAAAAAACCCCCCCUGUUGCCAACCAUCGACUAACAAUCAAUGGUAUUCCUCCAAAUCUCGCCGACCCCCAUAAUGCUUUUUUCUCGGCAGACGAAGGAGUGAAGGAUUAUGCGCGUGAGUAGCAGUCGCACUGUGGGAUAAGCGGAAACAAUUCUAUACAAAAAGAAAAAAAAAAAAAAAAGCCAGAGACGCUCUCAUCAAUUUACCCUCUCCCACAGUAACCGCCUCCUUGUCAAUGUAAUCCACCCCACCCUUGACGACACUUUCAGGGUCUCCAGAUUGCCUGGAAUCAGUAUCCAUGGGUCGUUUCCUCCACGAUAAAGAUCGCAGAGCUCCCAUUCUCAAUGUAGUCAACUGGUUCCUCCUCGUGGUCGCUGUCCUCAGCGUCCUCACGAGGCUGGGCACGAAGCUGUGGAUGUUCCAUCGCUUCACAAGUGAUGAUUACUUGAUCGUGGUAUCACUGCUAUUCGCCAUCGGAGCAUCGAUCAUCACGUCCAUCGCCGUCCACAACGGCUAUGGAGAUCAUAUUGGGACCAUCGAUGGUUCGCAUUGGGAAGUAAUUCAGAAGGCACAGUAUGCGGGAUUCCUGGUGUUUAUUCUCAGUCUCUACUUUUCGAAACUAUCCCUAUCAGUUUUCAUCCGGAACCUGACGCCGGUCUCGCGAGACCAUUUUCAUGCCACCAUCUUACACAUUCUUUUGACCGUCUGGGCGAUUGUCGCGUUCUUUGGCAGUGCCUUCCAGUGCCAAGCCUCGCGACCCUGGGAUACUAGCGGCACCUGCAUUGAUCUCAACGCGUGGCAGUACUACUUCUGCGCCUCCAACAUCGUGACCGAUAUCUUGAUCAUCCUCCAGGCGCUAGUGUUGAUCAGUCGCAUCCAAGCGUCGUUCAAGAAAAAGACGGUGUUUGCCACGAUCUUCCUGUCCCGAAUUCUGGUCAUUCUCGCAUCCAUUGCCCAGCUCGUCUUGAUCCAUGACCUUGCAUACUCCACCGAUCGAAGCUUCGACGACUACGGGGUGGCCAUUGCGGUCGAGACGGUCCAGUGCGCGAGUAUUGUCACCGCCUGCUGGGGUCAAUUGAAACCGUUUCUGAAUCAGCUCAAGUCGAAUGGACUGCGUAUCCAGGGAGUGGAGUAUCAGCACACGUCCGCCAAAGCCUCUAACCCCCGGUCCGAGACCCGGGACGAUCAGUCGCGACACACGGAUCCGAAUCAUUCGGACAACCAUCAUGAGCUCGUUCCCGUCGCAUCCGGUCAGGGCAAUAUGACCACCGUCUCCGCGUCGCGAGCCUGGGACGCGGAUAGUCAGUCGAGUCAAGCUGGCAUGAUCCGGGAGACUCGGACAUGGAACGUCAGCGCGGCUCGACGCAGCGAGAGGAGUGAUAGUUUGUAAUAUGAUGGCUGGUCCAUCACAACCCUUUUUACUGAUGGCGUUAGACGCAAAGGACUUUGAAUGUUAACGGAUUUACGAACGAGCUGAAUCGCUAGCAAGGCGGCUGCUAAGAUAGUCUUUCGCAAUAAUCAUUCAUUGCUUAUCAUAAA